AUGGGUCCCAAAACUGCAAACUUAUUAAAACUUAUAUUGUGCGUUUUAAAUAUUGUAAACGUGGUUUUUGGAGUUGUUUUAAUUGUAAUUGGUUCUUAUACCAUAGCUGUAGGCUUUGAUUGGCAAGAUUACACCGCUUCGAUUAUCGUCAUUGUGUCCGGAUCGAUAUUAAUUGUUAUUGUUAUAUUGGGAUGUUGCGGUUCAAUCCGUGAUUCAUUUCUACUUUUAAUGCUUUUUUCUGUGGGUGUGUUGUUAUCAGCUCUUUUAGAUAUCGGGGCUGUAGUUGUAGCUAUUUGUCUGAAAUUGCAUUCAGAUCCGACCGUGAGGGAACAUCUGGAUAAAGGAAUCGCUGAUUAUGCUUCUAGUGAGAAGUAUAGAAGACUUUGGGACUCAUUGCAUAAACGACAUAAAUGUUGUGGUAUCGAUGGUUAUGAUGAUUGGCAAAAGAAAGGAUUACCAGUUCCUGUAUCUUGUUGUUAUGAACUAACGAAUCCUAAUGAAAUAGCUAAAGAAAAUGAUUUGUGUCAAAACGCGCCUAAUAAUCGGACAUAUUUACACGAAAGUGGUUGUUUUUACACGUAUCACCGCAGUGUUGAAAAGGCUAGUGUUUUUAUUAUUGCUACAGGACUUAUAAUGUGUUGUUUAAAGAUAAUUUCAAUAGCAAUUGGAUGUUGCAUAGCUUUUUAUGUAAAAGAUGCAGAGUGAAUCUUAACAAUAAAAUAAACCCGAUA